GCCCUUUUGGCCGCCCGAAGAUGACCCGAAGUGCGAUGAUGCAAUGAAAAAGUAAACCCAACCAUGAAUUUAUUGCCGGCCUCCUCGCUGUGCACGCAUUGUGCGAGAAGGACUCUGCGAUCAUGGCGCGCAGUCCGUACAUACAGCGCUUCUGUACCCCUGACUGCCACUCGACAUGGUCGGCCCUUCCGAGUCGCCGUCAUCGGCUCUGGCCCGGCAGGGUUCUAUGCCACUUACCGGCUCCUCUCCAAGGUAGACGAUGCCGUGGUUGACAUGUAUGAGCAAUUGCCGGUACCAUUUGGCCUGGUACGAUAUGGUGUGGCUCCCGAUCAUCCAGAAGUGAAGAAUUGCGAGGAAAAAUUCACCGAAGUUGCCGCAUCGCCGCGAUUCAAUUUCAUCGGUAAUGUUUCUGUCGGCUCUCAGCUCCCUUUCGAAAGCCUUAAAGCCCACUACGACGCGAUUUUAUUCUCAUAUGGAGCGUCCCAAGACCGCGAGCUUGGAAUCCCUGGAGAAGAUGCGUGCAAGAAUGUUUUAUCAGCGCGAGCGUUUGUGGGCUGGUAUAAUGGACUCCCGGAGUAUCGUGACUUGAAGCCAGACCUAACUGCUGGUGAACACGCUGUAAUCGUCGGGCAGGGAAAUGUCGCACUUGAUGUGGCGCGGAUUCUAUUAUCGGAUGUGGAAACGUUGCGCAAAACAGAUAUCUCAGAACAUGCAUUGGAGGCGUUAGCGAAGAGUAGGAUCAAACGUGUGCACGUUGUGGGUCGGCGAGGUCCCAUGCAGGCAUCCUUCACAAUCAAGGAAGUCCGCGAGCUUCUUCAACUUCCUUCAGUUGCAUUUGAGCCCAUUCGAAAGGACUUGAUGCCCCCAGAAGAUGUCAUUGCGACAAUUCCCCGCGCACAAAAACGUUUGAUGCAACUAUUAGCCAAGGGUUCCUCUACCGAUGCCAGCACUGCGGGUAAAGCUUGGUCCCUCGACUUUCUUCUUUCCCCCCACUCUUUGCACUGGUCUCCCGUAUUUCCAUACAGACUAUCGCACACUAAAUUCAUUCGAAACGAGAUAGCCUCUUCAGAUCCUUUUGCGCCGGAUGCUAAAGUCAAGCCUCACUUCUUAUCUAGUGGUAAUCCGGCAGAGGUAAACAUCCCUAGUAAUAUCUUUUUCCGCAGCAUUGGGUACAAGUCCCUUCCUCUACCGGGCUUCGACUCUCUAGGUAUUCAAUUCGACCAUCGUCGAGGCAUUAUUCCAAAUGACGGGUUUGGACGAGUCACAAGCUCUACGCAGGCAGCAGAAAACACCAAGACUCCGUUAGAUGACGAGCAAAUCUCUCACUUACCCGGACUUUAUUGCGCGGGUUGGGUCAAGCGUGGUCCAACGGGUGUUAUAGCAUCUACGAUGAUGGACGCCUUUGGAACAGCAGACUCGAUUGCGGCGGACUGGGAGGCGCAAAAGGGUAGGGGCGAUGCAGACAUAUCGUUCCUCAAUUCGGAAUCAGGAGGAAGCAGUGGCCUUGGCUGGGACGGUGUUCAAGCGGAGGCGCAGCAGAGAGGACUUUUGCCAACGUCAUGGAAGGAUUGGCAGCGGAUUGAUGCCAUUGAAAGGGAGAGAGGAGCAGAAAGGGGGAAGAUUCGCGAGAAGUUUGCUCGCGUUGAAGAUAUGCUGAAUGCUGUACGAUAGAUAGAUAGGCAUGUGUACAUCAAUGUAUCAGAUAGACACCAAUAAAGACACCAAUCUCGAGAU